GCCUCUAGAAAGCGGCGGCGCCGCUGAGGCGACUCGUUGAUCUAGGAGAAGAUGGCGGCACCGGAGCUGGGGAGUUAGGGGAGCAUGCACCGUAGACCUCCCUCGGCUUGGCGCCCAGGCUGGCAGUAGCCAGCACCUAUCCUUGAAGUGUGACCUGCAGCAUCUGUGGCAGGUGGGAUGAUGGACCUGGCCUAUGUCUGUGAGUGGGAGAAAUGGCCCAAGAGCACUCAUUGCCCAUCUGUGCCGCUGGCCUGUGCCUGGUCUUGCCGCAACCUCAUCGCCUUCACCACGGACCUGCGCAGUGAUGACCAAGAUCUGACCCGUGUGAUCCACAUCCUGGACACAGAGCACCCCUGGGACUUGUACUCCAUUGCCUCAGAGCAUAGCGAGGCCAUCACUUGUCUCGAGUGGGACCAGUCAGGGUCUCGGCUCCUGUCAGCAGAUGCUGAUGGACAGAUCAAGUGCUGGAGCAUGGCAGACCACCUGGCCAACAGCUGGGAGAGCACAGUGGGCAGCCUGGUGGAGGGGGACCCCAUCGUGGCUCUGUCCUGGCUGCACAAUGGGGUGAAGCUGGCAUUGCAUGUGGAGAAGUCAGGUGCCUCCAGCUUUGGUGAGAAGUUUUCCCGAGUCAAGUUUUCGCCAUCACUCACACUAUUUGGUGGCAAGCCCAUGGAGGGCUGGAUUGCAGUUACUGUCAGUGGCCUGGUCACCGUGUCACUGCUGAAGCCCAGCGGGCAGGUGCUGACAUCAACUGAGAGUCUGUGCCGGCUACGUGGCCGGGUGGCCCUAGCCGACAUUGCCUUCACGGGUGGUGGCAACAUCGUAGUGGCCACAGCGGAUGGCAGCAGUGCCUCGCCUGUGCAGUUCUACAAGGUGUGUGUGAGUGUGGUCAGUGAGAAGUGCCGCAUUGACACCGAGAUCCUGCCCUCACUCUUCAUGCGCUGUACCACCGACCCCAACCGCAAGGAUAAGUUUCCUGCCAUCACCCACCUCAAGUUCCUGGCCCGGGACAUGUCAGAGCAGGUGCUCCUUUGUGCGUCAAGCCAGACAAGCAGCAUCGUGGAAUGCUGGUCCCUUCGGAAGGAGGGGCUCCCUGUGAACAACAUCUUCCAGCAAAUCUCUCCUGUGGUUGGUGACAAACAGCCCAUGAUUCUCAAGUGGCGGAUCCUGUCAGCCACCAAUGACCUAGACCGUGUGUCAGCUGUGGCACUGCCCAAGCUACCCAUCUCGCUCACUAACACCGACCUCAAGGUGGCCAGCGACACCCAGUUCUAUCCUGGCCUUGGACUGGCCUUGGCCUUUCACGAUGGCAGUGUCCACAUUGUGCAUCGGCUCUCACUGCAGACCAUGGCUGUCUUCUAUAGCUCUGCGACCCCACGGCCGGUGGAUGAGCCGGCCAUCAAGCGGCCUCGGACUGCAGGCCCUGCUGUUCACUUUAAGGCCAUGCAGCUCUCCUGGACAUCUCUGGCCCUUGUGGGCAUUGACAACUAUGGGAAGCUCAGCAUGCUUCGCAUCUCACCCUCAAUGGGCCACACGCUGGACGUCAGCCUGGCACUUCGGCACCUGCUCUUCCUGCUUGAGUACUGCAUGGUGACUGGCUACGACUGGUGGGACAUCCUGCUGCAUGUGCAGCCCAGCAUGGUGCAGAGCCUGGUGGAGAAGCUGCAUGAGGAGUAUACUCGCCAGAAUGCUGCCCUGCAGCAGGUCCUCUCCACCCGGAUCCUGGCCAUGAAGGCUUCACUCUGCAGGCUGUCACCCUGCACAGUGGCCCGUGUGUGUGACUACCACACCAAGCUCUUCCUCAUCGCCAUCAGCUCUACCCUCAAGUCCCUGCUGCGCCCACACUUCCUCAACACACCUGACAAGAGUCCUGGCGACCGGCUGACCGAAAUCUGUGCCAAGAUCACAGACGUUGACAUUGAUAAGGUCAUGAUCAACCUCAAGACGGAGGAGUUUGUCCUGGACAUGAACACGCUACAGGCACUACAGCAGCUCCUGCAGUGGGUGGGCGAUUUCGUGCUCUACUUGCUGGCCAGCUUGCCCAACCAGGGCUCCCCACUGCGGCCGGGCCACAGCUUCCUGCGGGAUGGCACCUCUCUGGGCAUGCUGCGGGAGCUCAUGGUUGUCAUCCGCAUCUGGGGCCUGCUGAAGCCCAGCUGCCUUCCUGUGUACACUGCCACCUCGGACACCCAGGACAGCAUGUCCUUGCUCUUCCGCCUGCUCACCAAGCUCUGGAUCUGCUGCCGUGAUGAGGGCCCUUCAAGCGAGCCGGACGAGGCACUAGUGGAUGAGUGCUGCCUGCUGCCUAGCCAGCUGCUCAUCCCCAGCCUGGACUGGCUGCCUGUCAGUGAUGGCCUGGUCAGCCGCCUACAGCCCAAGCAGCCCCUGCGCCUGCACUUCGGCAAGGCGCCCAUGCUGCCAGGCAGCGCUACUACCUUGCAGCUUGAUGGCCUCAUCAGGGCACCGGGCCAGCCCAAGAUUGACCACCUGCGGCGGCUGCAUCUGGGAGCCUAUCCUACGGAGGAGUGCAAGGCCUGUACCAGGUGUGGCUGUGUCACCAUGCUCAAGUCACCCAACAGGACGACGGCAGUCAAACAGUGGGAGCAGCGGUGGAUCAAGAACUGCCUGUGUGGCGGUUUGUGGCGGCGGGUGCCCCUCAUCUACCCCUGACCCGAGGCCACUGUAAACAGACUCCUGACCAUGAGAUGCUACCCCUCCUCCAUGAGGAACAUCCCCCACAGCCUGGACUCUCAUGGGGCAGGCACAUUAAAAAUCAGCCCAUCCAGGCGGCGCCUGUGGCUCAGUGGAGUAGGAUGCUAGCCCCAUAUGCCAGAGGUGGCGGGUUCAAACCCAGCCCCAGCCAGGA